AGGCUCGCAUGGAGGUGGAUGCUGAUGGGAACGGUGCUAAAAUCUUCGCCUACGCCUUCGACAAGAACCGGGGCCGGGGCUCGGGGCGCCUCCUGCACGAGCUGCUCUGGGAGAGGCACAGGGGAGGGAUUGCUCCUGGCUUCCAGGUGGUGCACCUGAACUCGGUGACCGUGGACAACCGCCUGGACAACCUGCGCCUCGUGCCCUGGGGCUGGAAGCCCAAGGCUGAGGACAUCUCCAGCAAACAAAGCUGCGCGAGUUCAACAUCUGUGGGCGCUGCCAGGUGGCGCGGUACUGCGGCUCGCAGUGCCAGCAGAAGGACUGGCCUGCCCACAAGAAGCACUGUCGGGAGAAGAAGAGAACCUUCCAGCAGGAGCUCGGCCCCGAGCGGUGACCGGGCAGCAGAGGCCUCUCAGCAGCAGGAUUCCUUCCCAAAGGCAUUGGACUCUUGCUUUUGCACAGUAUGACAGACUGCUUAUCAAAGCCAGAGGCACUGAAGAAAAACCCUGUGAUGCUUGAGCAGAAUGGCUGACUGGACUAAGCCAGCUCUGACUGGUGCUGUGGAAAGGGAUCGGGUCUGCCCUUCCAGUAUUAUAUUCUCAAGCAAAAAGACUACUGUGGAGCUCCAGGCAGGAAGCUUCUCAUUAUUUAUAUGUUAAUACGUUUGUAAACUCAUGUACAGUUUUUGUUAGGAAUUCUUGAUAGCACUCAUUAACUGUAAUGUUCAGAUGAGAACAUGUUGUUGGCCUAAAAGUUAAAAAAAGAAAGAAAAAAAAAAAAGAAAAAAAGUCAUGUAGCAAAAGCUUUUCCUCCCAUGUGGCAGAAGUGUCUGUGGCAGUGCCAAGGCCGGCGGGGCAGGCUCUGGCAUCAGCACUUACUCUGGAGAACUCUGCAUGGAAGCUCUAUUUCAAAAAAAAAAUACAAACAAAAAAAGAGCAAACCAAGUAAAGGUUGGAAUGAAUCCAUGUCUGCUCUCUGGCUUUUUCCCCUUCCCUUCCAGCUGCCUUCAGGGCUCAGCCACCCUAGCUGCUGGCAGGCCCUGCAGGCAGGAGCAGGGCCCAGGAGCUGCGUGGGGCCAAGGGACCCCUGGGAUCUGGUCCAGGACUGCAGCUGGGGCUGCUGGAGAUGGGCCUUGGAGCAGCCAGGAUUCCCAGGGAGCUGGGUCAGCUCUCUGCCCACAGCCUGGCACAGAGGGCAGUGCCAGGGGAGCUCAGGGAGCAGCUGUGUGGGGAUGUGGUCGCCCUCGUGGCUUCCCCGUAGCAUAGGAAACACUCCAGUCGUGUGCAGAGAUGUUUAAAUAUCUAAUAUUGGGUGAUUUGAAUUAUUUAUUCACUUUUUUAAGAGUUGUCAUCAAUCCAAGAAUCACUUUUUGAUUUUUUUUAAUGUAGUAAUGAGUAACAGUAGUAUGGGAGGAGGAUUUCCCUUGCAGAGCACAUGCCUAUUUUUCUUUUCAUGAAUAACCAUUUUCUAUUCCAUUUUUGCCUUAGAAGUGAAAGGAACAUCAGCUGAGUUUCCUGAAGAGCUAAAUGGAUAAUUUAGUGCCAGGUGUUAGUCUUGCUUCACAGUAGAAGAAUGUGAGCUGCUGAGUGCUUAAUGCAGAGCCUUUCUUGGAGUGCUUAGUGAAAAUUUUUUUGUAAAAGCCGUUUAGAAUUUUGAUUUUUUUCAAUCAGGAUUCACUUUGCCACUUCAUGUUGCAAUGUUGGUCUUGCUUGUAUUCAAUUUGUUAGAAAAUUGAUCUGCUGUGGACUUCCAAUAUUAUAUUCUGUUUCUAAUAUC